CACUAUUUCACUCCAUUUUGAAUCAAUUCUCACUUCUGUUCUCUUCUCAUCCAAUUCUGCAACAUGGAAUCAGAAAAGACAUCCCAGUUGAUGGAGAUGGGCUUCCUGGAGUCCGAGGCUCUGGAGGCUCUUGUCCAGUGCGAUUAUGAUCUCGAACGGGCCAUAGCCUUUCUCUUUGGUGAUCCCACAGAGACUCCAACAGCCUCUGUGCAACCGCCAGACGAUCUCAGUUCCAAUCUCCAGAUGGUUGCCUACCAUGAUACGGUCGGAAUUCGUAAUCCAGAGGAUAUCCCCAACUUCAGCGAUUUGAGCAACGCUAACGACUCAGAUACGACAUACAAUUACAAUAACCCUAGACAGAAUGUCAGUUACAACAACCACAACAAAUACGAGAGUAGCAGCCAGAGUCACGAAAAUGUGACCAAUCAGAAUGUGGCAGGUCACAGCGGAACUGCCUCUGGAACCCUUCGAAAUAAUACCUACGAAUACGACAGGGAGUCCAAUCCUGACAACUACGAUAUGGACGAUUCUGAAAUGCGGUACGCCUACGGCGAGACUAUCUAUGCUCGAGUCGAUUCGUUUGCCAGGUCUAAGGAGGGCCCACCCUCGGUUCUCGUUGGUUCAGCUGGCUAUUUAGAGAACUACAUCGUUCCAUUGAUUGUAAUUGCGGCACAGAUCGACCGGUUUUCGCAGCUCGUAUUACACGAUACUGCAAGCUUCGACUCAUCUUACGAGAAAAACUGGUACAACAACUUCAGUGAGUUGACAGUGGUUGUGCCCACCGAAUUCGACGAGCCCCUGGCCACAGCGUUCAGGUUUAUCCUGGAGAUUCAGCGAGUGGUGGCAUUCCUAACUCCCGCAAGUCAACGUUCGUUUAUGACCGCCCACGACUUGAUGAAGAACCUCCCUGGAGGUUUCCGGCGCGAGCUCGGCGACCGGAUUGAGGAUGUAGAUGAUCUCAUUCCUAGGUUCUACCACUACUUAAAUGUUGAGUACCAGAAGCUUUUUGGCGGAGACAAUGAAUUCGACAAGCUCUUUGAAUCGCAGGUAGAAAGCGUCUUGGAAAACGUCCGUAACGAGCUGUAUCUGGUACCAAUUGAUUUUGAAUCUAGAGGAAGCAAUCUCUUUGAAUCCCUAGCUUCCAUCUUCUGGCAUGACGAAGACACUCUUGGAACUGUACGAUUUGUCAAUAUCGCACCGAUCUUGACAAUUCAGCUCGCCGGAGACGAUGACGGGUUUAUGGGUGAACCUUUCCAGGUUGAAGAAGAGUUCUAUCCCGAGGUUUUCAGCUCCAAAUACUCAGAUGUUAUCACAGAGAUGGUGCGUAAGCGUUUGGAGAUCAUGAAAAGAAGAACCGUCAUCACUCAGGAAAUUAUGAGCUACAACUCAUUUGAAGGGAAAAAAAUUAAGGCCAUAUUGCAGUCCACUAUUGGUUACUUGGAGAAGGCAGACAGUAAAGAAGCAGCAAUAGAUUUAUCAACUUUGACAGAGAGCAUAAGAGACAAGUCAGCUGAACUCACAGCUGAACUUAACAGUUUGAGCAAAGAAUUAUCCACAUUAGACACUUCCAACUACCGUAGUAUCGUCUCAAGAAUUAGUGGCUAUCCCGAAGUUCCCCCUCUUACGAAGUAUCUCUUAGUAGGAGUAAUUUGUUCAGACACUGAGUACUUCUUCCGUAGCAAGGUGCAUGCUGAAAACCAGGGAUGGGUGUAUUUCAAUGCUGUUUGCACGUCAGACAAGCGAGUAGUCGAUUACAGUGUUCAUUCUAUGGAUUUUAACGGCGUUUACUCAUUUAUCUUGGACUACAGCAAAAACACUAGUAGACAAUUGAUUCUUAUCUAUGCAACAGAAGAGGAGGUUCAACAGAAUAACGAGAUCCCUAUUGUUGGAGAGCUUAAGAACUUCUUUGACCGCGACAACGAAGUCCUUCAAGAUGACAUCAAACGUUUCUAUCUGGACGACGAUGACGAUGACGACGAUGACGAAGAUGAUGAUGACGACGAUGACGAUGUAGCGAUUGAUAGUGAUGACGAGAAGAGUGAAGAAGAGUCUACAAAUAAGGAAAAUGAACCAGAAAACGACAAGGAUAAUGAUGAAAAGUUGAUAGAUCUAUAGAUAGAUGAGAGUCAUGAAGAAACGUACAAAUCAUAAUGAAAGAAAGAAUGU